CUGCUGAGGGCUGUGUGUUGCACUCUGCAGAUUAAAAACAAAAGAACACGGCCUUAGGUUUGUUGUGCAAUGUUAGAAAAAUUAAAAGUUUACUUCAGUUAACAUUAGUUUUACUUUUAGUAAUGGCUAGUAUAGAAUUAGAUAUAUGGCGUGGAGAAUGGGGACUUGCGUCAAUUGAUCUGGAAUGCCUUAAAGUUUUGACCUAUAUGAAAUUUAUUGGAGUUCCUGUUAAAGUACGUGAGGCUAGUAAUCCAUUUUUUACACCAAAAGGUACUUUGCCUGUUAUGAGAGACGGACGGACUGUAUUGACCAACUUUGAAGAAGUUGUAGCAUAUCUGAAGUCUUUGCAUUACAGCACAGAUGUCCACUUGAACCAGAAGCAGGCAGCGGAAGCGAGCGCAUUUACGCAAUAUUUAAGAGACAAACUGUAUCCAGCUUACCAAUAUGCGUGGUGGGUUGAUGAGAAGAACUAUGGAGACAUCACAAGACCUGCUUACGCUAAAGCCCUGCAAAUACCAUUUAAUUUCUACUAUCCCUCCAAGUAUCAGAGUUCUGCCAAGGCGAUGGUUGAUGCGCUGUUUGGUGAACACACAGACUUGAAAGAAAUUGAGAAAACUAUUUACAGUGAAGCUGAAAAAUGCCUUAAGACCCUCUCAGACAGAUUGGGGGAGAGUGAAUACUUCUUUGGCAACAGACCUUCCUCGUUCGACGCGAUAGUGUUUGCGUACCUCGCGCCGCUGGUCAAGGCUCCCUUCUCCAACGCAACACUCGCUAAUCACGUCAAAGGGAUCGCCAACUUGAGUAGAUUCGUCGCGCGCAUCGGUCAGAAGAACUUCAGAAGUGUUACGGAUGACUACAACCGCGUGGACUCGAAGAAGAAGUCGCAAGGCACGCAGUCGGAGCGAGAGGCGGCGCACUUCCCCCACCAGACACGCAACAAGCUGCUAGCGGCUGUGUUCGCCGCGCUCGCCAUGACGGGCUAUGCGGUCGCCAACGGCAUGUUUCAGGACCUGAAAGAUUUCGAGCACUCGCAACAUUACAACGACAUGUUUGAGAAUGAGGAAGACGACAACUGACACUGACGCGGCUCUCUCCGUCCGCGCUGUGUUCGACCGGCAUCCACACUGCCGGCCAUUUUGUUUUUAUCACUAUGAGCUAGUUAUUAGCAUGCGAAAGCUAGAAUUAGUUUCUUGUUACCUGUCUAAUAUUCAAAAAAAAUACUGUUGCGCAAUGUGACCGCACACCUUAGGGCGUUUACGCUGCAUUUUUAUAAUAUUAUGAUUUUAUUGCAAAUACUGAAAAUGACGAUAAAUUAAACAUUUAUAAGCUUUAAAAUAGCAAUGUGGUAAUGGAGAUAGUAAAAUAAAAACCGCCAAUGUCCGCCAAAAAGAUCAUAAUUAUUUUUUCAAUUUUUUUUUAACAUAUAUUCGAUUUAAAAGUUAUUAAUCAAUUGUUCACAUUUAAGACAGGUAAGAAGAAAUCUAUAUUUGACUCUGUCCUUUUAGUUAAUUUACUCAAUAUAAACAAUUUAAAAAAAUUCCUAAAAAAAAAAAAAAAUGCAUUAUGAUACCUAAAAGAUUUUGUAAUGCAUUUUUGUUCAAUUCACAGAUUAUAAAAGACUCAAGUUUUUUACAAUUUGUAAAGUGACCAAACGAGUGUAAUUAUACGUUUAUAAAUGUGAAUGUAGUAGCAUGUUUUCUAACUUGUCUUAUAAUGGAAAAAAAAUUGCAUUACUUUAAACUGGAAAGUAUGUAUUAAUACUAGAUUACGCAUCAAGUAAUCACUGCAAUUUAAAAACAAGUAAUGUACCAUACGUGUUUCAUACGAAGAUUUUCACGAGAGAAAAGAAACUUUUAAAUACGUUCAGGCCGGACCAUAUUUUGCUGUUUUUCCACUGUAUGAAAAUUUCGAAGGCCGCUCUCUAGAAUUUGUUCGAAAGUGGUUAUUCACUCGCAAAAAUAUUAUCGUUCAUUUAAGGAAAUGCCUACUAUUUUUAACAGCAUAAAACCUCUUUGUUGGUAAAAAAAAGAAUCUGUAUCACCCGGCUAAAUUCAAAAUGGUCCAUGUUCAUACUUAUAACUUGCAGGUACAAAGACAAACUAAAGAUAAUAAAUCAUAAUCACAAAUUAAACACAAGUACGGUCAUUUUAAAUAAAACACGCGUGUCUAAUAUCUUAGAUUAGGAGUCUUAUUUCGAUGUAACAAGGUCCAAGUUACGAGCAAGUGUGAUGAAAAAAUAUAAAAUAACAAAAGAACGCGACUUUCUUAACAAUUUGAUAAUAUACUUUACACUAAAUAGGAACAAAAAUAUUGUUUACAUUAUAAGACAAGUAAGAAAAAAUUUACUUCUACGUGGAAGCGAAUAAUUCAGCGCUUCGUUAUUUAACGUAUGUUCAGUGGCGUGCAUAGAGGGUAUGCACAGGGUAUGCAGAUGAUAUAAAAUGAA